AUGCUUGCUCUGAUCCUCUCUAUCGUUGGCGGCACUCGGAUCUCGUCGUCCGACACAUCCAAACACAACUCCGAAGAAACAUUCGAAAAGGCCGGUGCCAUCAUAUUCCUGAUCUCUUAUGUUGUUAUUGUGGCAUUCGCCAUGCUCGCCAUGGCCGAGUCGCGCGACCUCCCACGGGGCGAGAAGUGCAUCUUAUACGCGGUCCUUGUCUCGCUUCCUUUCCUUGCCGUCCGCCUUCUCUACAGUCUUCUCGCAGACUUUGAAGAUAACAACACGUUCUAUACCGUCGGUGGGAACGCAAUAGUCCAGCUAUGUAUGGCUAUCAUCGAAGAACUCCUCGUCACCCUUUUCUUCCUCGUUGCGGAUCUCGUGGCCCCUGCGCUGGACAGUUUGGUCAAUGGAGCUGGUGGUAUUCCCAUGAACAGCUACAGUGUUGGAAAAGGCGUUGCGUAA